AUGGCCAAGUCAAAGAACUCGUCCCAGCACAACCAGUCGAAGAAAGCCCACAGGAACGGUAUCAAGAAGCCUCUGACGCACCGAUACCCGUCGCUCAAGGGUACCGACCCCAAGUUCCGGAGAAACCACAGGCAUGCUCUUCACGGCACAAUGAAGGCCCUGAAGGAGGUCAAGGAGGGCAAGCGCGACGCGGCAUGA